AUGAAUCAGAAUGCGCUGCAGAAGCAGACAAUCGCCUUUUGCUCCCCAUUACCUGUGAACGCGAAGGACUCCAAGAUCGGCCCGGUUUGGAACGGUCGCCGAAUCCGCAAUGCGUUCCAAAGCGUUGUUGCGCUGGCGGGAUACCGUUCCAGUGGCGGCAGGAUCAAACUCGAGAGGGAGCAUUUUGAGCGGGUGUCCGAGGUGUCCCACGAGUUCAACCACUACCUCUGGAGCAUCCAGUCAGAGACCGACUCGGCAAAGGCCGAGAGAUGGGGCUACCGUAUCGACGAAUAUCGCACCGAUGAGACGAUACACCUGCAAUCACAGCAUAACCACUCAGACAACCGCAGGCCGGCAGAAGGGCCUGGGCAUGUCAUGUUUGGGCAGAUGGGAACGGCACCCAACGUGAACACACCGGCUGGGUUGGCGGCGCCUUUCAUGCACGUCGGUUUCCAACACUUUGGCCAGCAAGGGAGAGGGUUUUACAACCAUCAACCUCAACAACCCCAUGCAGCAGCUUUCCCCGUGAUGACCGGAGCUGCGCCAGGUUCUCUACAACAACAGAAUCAACAACUGGGCUAUCCCAUGGCGGCACCGCCCCAGCACUACGGAGCUGGCUGCGGAGGCCCAACCGCCUCAAGGUCACUCGACUUCACAGGAUAA